ACACAGACCCACACACACACUCCCAGCGAGCUGUCAGUCCUCCGCUCCACGCUGAUCCAUCCUGCGCGUCCUGUGCGCAGCGCGGUGCCUCCUGCUCGGCGCGUCCCAGCCUCGCGCACCGCUCUCCUCUCCGGAGCCCCGUGUCGGUCAGGGACCAGGACUAGGACCAGGACCAGUACCAGGACCAGUACUAGGACCAGGACCAGUACCAGGACCAGGACCAGGACCAUGGCCUCCCAGGCGAUCGAGCUGAUGCAGCUGUCCGAGGAGCAGGUCAAAGUGCUGGAGGAAUGUUUCAAGGGCUGUCGGUACCCGGACGGGACGACGCUCAUGCUGGUGGCGGCAGAGUGCGGACUGUCAGAGGAGGACACACUAGUCUGGUUCAAGCAGCGGAACGCGAAGUGGCGGCGGGCGGAGGGUCUCCCCGCCGAACACGGCUCGGUGCUGGACUGACACGUCCCGACCUCUAGGACCCCGAGCUGACCCCGCUGACCUCGGACGAGAAGACCUCCCCUCCUCUUCCUCACUCCCCUCCUCUUCCUCGCGUCCGUCUCUCUGUUUUGUACCCAUGAAGCUCUUUUAACUUACAGAAUGUGAAGGUGUCUGUGUGUUGUUGCCAACUAUCUAACCGCCAUGUUUACAGAAAUAAACAUUAUUGUUAUUAUAA